UCAACGAGUUGGGUUUAUAAUUUACACAGAUUUGCGUUUCGCGCCAUCUUCAAGAAAAGAGUCAAUAGAACGCAAAAUAUUAUCAAUUAACUUAUAAUACGAGUAUAUAUUUUUAGACAUCAAAGAAAUGUGGAAUCAAGGAGGUUAUCAGGACCAGGGUCAGGGUGGGUUUUCAUCACCAGGAGGAUUUGGAACACCACAGGGAACUCAGGGAGACAGAAAGAGUCGAAACCGAGCACAAAAUGUUCUUCCUUGCACAACUGCUGAGAUACUUAGUGCUACUCAAAAUGACGACAAGUUUUACUCAGGAGAAAUUGAAUUGUCACAGAUAACAAUUGUUGGACUCAUCAUUGCUGUAAAGGAAUCCCCAACAAGGAUAGACUAUGAAGUAGACGAUAUGACAGGACCACCUCUAGAAGUAAAACAAUUUGUUGACAAUGAUGAGAGUGUACCAGAACCAGAGAGAAUAGCAGCAUUGAGAGAGAAUACCUAUGUCAGAGUGUACGGGACAGUGCGGUCAUUUGGAGGGAAGAGGAACGUGACUGCAUUUAAGAUGGUGCCAGUCAUGGAUAUGAAUGAAGUUACUUACCACAUGCUGGAAGUCACUCACAGCCAUUUAGCUCUAUCCAAACAUGCAGCCAGUGGCAUGUCCUCUGGAGCUCCCAUGAAUAGUUCCACGAUGGGUGACAACAUUUAUAAUAACCAGGACAGUGGGAUGAUUAGUGGACUCAACCAGGUCCAAAACCAGGUCCACUCAAUCAUCCAAAGCAAUGUAACGGAGGAAGGUGCUAGCAUUGAAAAUGUCUGUAAGCAGUUACGAGGAGUCCCAGAGAGAUCAGUCAGAGAGGCAAUAGAGUUCUUGAGCAGUGAGGGGCAUAUUUACUCCACAAUAGACGAGGAUCAUUACAAGGCGACCGACAGUUGAGGCCCAAUGUUAUACAAUGUAACAGACUGAAGACAUUUACUUUGAGGAUUAUAAAAACCUAGGUUUAGUCCUAUUUCUCAAGAACUAUGUGCGAUAUAACCUCAAAUCACGAAAAGUUUAUUCUGACAGGAAUAGCAUUUUGAACACAUACUAGUACCGGUACAUGUGCUAAGAAAAGUAAUACAUGUCUUGUUUAGUGUGUGCAUGUAUUUAAUAUUAUUUUUGUUUUUUUAUAACUCUGGUAGUGGAAGUUCUUGUUGAGAGAUAAAACCAUUGUUUUCAUUUAGAAAAAAAAGAAAAUAAAACUAAAUUUUGACAAUGCA